AUGUUGAGCAACAAACAACAGCACAAAAAAGCAGAUUUCGUUGCGUUUGUUUUGAUGGUGUUUCUGGAAUUUGCUAAAGUUUCACUUUUGCCUAGUUUAAGUGAUUUUAGUUGUUGCCUUUUCUUCCUUGGAUUUCAAGAUUUCAAUCGAGCACAAAGUUUUACAGAGAAUUAUCAUGAAGCUUACUUGAUUUCAAUUAAAGAGACGUCAGUUGUAGAUUUUCCAUCUUUCGUGAUGGCAUGA